AUGCUCAAUGCAUGGCAGCCAGUUGAUCAGAAUACUUUGAUGAUAGGUGACUCUCUUUACGACUUAUUACGAAGUGUCGAGAAAUUCAAGAAGAAUCACGAUGACUUUUGGGCCAAAUACUCUGAUCAUCUGAAUGACACACUUACGGCUAUCAUGGAGCAGAGUGAAAAGUUUCAAACUAUCGCCGAGGAUAUGCGUCGAGCAAAUGACUUUGUCGAUUCAAUCAAAUCAUUUUUGAUUGUGCUUAUGAUACCAGCUCUAGUGCAGGGUUUCUUAACCCUAACGAGUUUGUUAGUACUGGUUUUAAGGGACUUUUUUCAAAGUUCAACGAACACAGUGGUAAUGAUCGGAAUGGCGAUACUUAACAUGAGUGCUUUUGUUUCAGUGGCUAUCACGGCACUUCUAUUCUUAACAUUUGCAGAUGUCCUGAAAAAAUGCCAUGCUGGUUCCUCUCUAUUUGAAGCCAUUUAUAACCCAAUGGAUUGGGAUGCUGAUGGGUUGAUAACACUUAAUGGGCAUUUCGGGACUGAAAAAUGCAAAGCCGAGGUUGUAAACCAAUUUAUUGAAAAGCGUGAUAGUUCGAUUGUUCGUUAUCGAAUGGCGAUUGACUCAUUUACGAAUGAAAUGACAUGGAAUUCUGGCACUUUGUCACCAACUGGAGAACAAUCGAAAAAACUAGCUACAUUGGCACUGGAUGGGCUGCUGAAUUUCACUGAAGUUGCAACUGAAUCCAUGGACGUGGUAUGUUUCGCUAUUGGGAACCCACUCAUUAUUGGUUUCCUCUCACCAGCUUUAUGA